AUGAGCAAACGAAAGGUGAAAGAAACACACAUGACAGUCGGCGAAUGUAUUUCUCAGGUUCAGGUGAUAUUGAGGGAGAGAUUCUGUCAUCAGAGACUUCCUGAAAAGCCAGUGGGAAUGGAAUCACAACACAAACACCUGCUGGAGCUGCUGAGGAGGACAGCUGUCCACAGAGAGAGUAACUCCGUACUCAUCGUUGGACCCCGGGGAUCUGGGAAAACAAUACUCCUGAACUGUGUCUUGAGAGAGUUGCUGGAGGUGAAGGAUGUCAAUAAGAAUGUGUUACUGGUCCACCUGAAUGGUAUUUUACAGACUGAUGAUAGAAUAGCGCUCAAAGAAAUCACACGGCAGCUCAAUCUGGAAAAUGUUGUUGGAGACAAAGUGUUUGGUAGUUUUGCAGAAAACCUGGCCUUCCUUCUUGAGGCGUUGAAGAAAGGUGAUCGUAGCAGCAGUCGGCCUGUCCUCUUCAUUCUGGAUGAGUUUGACCUGUUUGCCCACCAUAAGACCCAGACUCUGCUCUACAACCUCCUGGACGUCUCCCAGUCUGCCCAGGCUCCCGUCGCUGUGAUCGGCCUCACCUGCAGACUGGAUGUCCUGGAGCUGCUAGAGAAGAGGGCUGUGUUCCCUGAGCUUCAGACAGUACCUGGACAACGUCCGCUCACAGCUCAGCCUGCCACAAGACUUCCCCGACACCAAGUUCUGUGAGGAGUGGAACGACGGCAUCAAGACGCUAUGUGAAGACCAACCAGUGGUGGAUGUCUUACAAAGACAUUAUAACUCCAGCAAAGACUUCCGCUCCUUGCACUUGUUGCUGGCUCUGAGCUGUGUGAGCGCAUCUAAACCUGCCAUCAAGCCCACUGAUCUCUUGGAGGCCAGCAGAGUCUGUAUGGUGGACUCUAAAGCAAACAUACUUCAUGGUCUGUCCAUUCUUGAACUGUGCCUGAUAAUUGCCAUGAAACACUUGAAUGGCAUCUAUGACGGAGAGCCGUUUAACUUCCAGAUGGUUCACAAUGAGUUCAAGAAAUUCGUCCAGAGGAAAUCCCAUUCUAUCCAUAACUUUGACAAGCCAGUCAUCAUAAAGGCGUUUGAGCACCUGCAGCAGUUGGAGCUGAUUAAGUCUAUGGACGGCUCCACAGCUAAGAUCCAGGAGUACCAGCUGAUGAAACUCAUGUUGGACCACAGCCAGAUCAUGGAGGCCCUGCAGAAAUACCCACAAUGCCCCACAGAUGUCAAACAGUGGGCCUUGUCUGCCUUUGGUUAAAGGUACAUAUUCUUCUAUAUUGGGUCCAGAGGGGCAGUUUUGGAUAACCAAUGAAAGAUAUGGGACCGUGGCCUGGACCCUGUCCUCAUGGACAGACAAUGAAUUACCUGACCAAAAUGUCUCUGCCAUGUGUACAUUCCUUGUGUGUAAAUAUAAAUAUUUGGCUGUACUUAUUGAAUAAAGUCAUGCAAAAACAAAAUCAUUAGUAUAUAUAAAAAAAAAAUAAAAAAUUUAACUAUUAUGCACUCACUAACUGUAAGUCGCUCUGGAUAAGAGCGUCUGCUAAAUUACUAAAAUGUAAAAUGUGUGUGUGUCCGCAUGACGCCCGUCUCUCACCCUUCUCCUGUGAGCGCGCAGCACGACUGAAUGUGCCAGGGGUGGUCUUUGAUGGAGCUGAGGGUGAGAUAUUUGGAGAUCUCCGCCGCCGACAUGCAGUCCUUCAUAUCCUGCUUGUUGGCAAAUAUCAACAGAGCUGCCUUUCUCAGGUCCUGGGAAGAAAAAAGGGGCAGAGAACAAUGUAACCUCCACUACAACACAUGCGUCCCAAAUGGCACUCUAUUCCCUUUAUAAUGCAUUCAUUUUGACUAGAGCCCUAAGGCACUAUAUAGGGAAAAGGUCACCAUUUGAGAUGCAACCAAGCACAACGGAAACUUCCACUGAACAAUGUGACAGGGAGGGAACUAGGAAUCAUUCAUGUGGACUUGUGAGACAGCUCCUUGUUUUUUUAAGGCAAGCAAAAAAAUCAAUUACGGAGAUAAGACUAGUUCUGUGUGGUUUCCCCCAGUUUUCUGUGCCAGCAUGCAUGUGAAUGAAGGCCAGAGUACUGGGGGGUUAAUAUACAAACCUCGUGAGCCAACAUCCUGUAGAGCUCCUCUUUAGAGAUCACCAGCCUCUCUCUGUCUGUGCUGUCCACCACCAAGAUGAUAAACUGGGAAUUACAGGAGACAGAAAACGACACAACUGAAUUCACUCUAUUAAUCCUGCAAGGGGAAAUUGUCCAUUUCCGAAUACCCAUACUUGCGUUCUGAAUAGUAGGCUUUUGGGGUAUACGAAAAUAGAUAGUAUGUGACAUUUCGGGGGGAAAAUGUAUGCUUUAAAUGCCAGGAUGUCAUACUCAUUUCAGCAUUUCAUCUAGUAGAAUUCGCUGCACACUUGAGGAAGAGAAUAGUCUUCACACCCACCUGUGUUUGACAACAGCUGAUAAUCAGAAUAGGGGACUCUAAAAAUGAACAAAUGGCGGGGAACAAGCGCGAUUGCGCAUUAGAAGAUGCCUUCUCAGUAUGGAUGAGUAGUUAUGUUGAUAUUUGUUGCUUACGGCAUACCUUUUUACUAAACAGUAAGUUCUAAAUAUUUACAUAAUACAUACUAUACUAAAUAGUAUUUACACUGAACAAAAAUAUAAAAGGCAACAUGUAAAGUGUUGGUCCCAUGUUUCAUGAGCUGAAAUAAAACAUCCCAGAAAUUGUCCAUACGCACAAAAAAACGUAUCUUAAAAGAUGAGCACAAAUUUGUUUACAUCCCUGUUAGUGAGCGUUUCUCCUUUGCCAAGAUAAUGCAUCCACCUGACAGGUGUAGCAUAUCAAGAAGCUGAUUAAACAGCAUGAUCAUUACACAUGUGCACGUUGUGCUGGGGACAAUAAAAGGCCUCAAAUGUGCAGAUACAAUUGGAAUGCAGACUGCAGUAAUGUCCACCAGAGCUGUUGCCAGAGAAUUGAAUGUUCAUUUCUCUACCAUACGCCGCCUCCAAAGUCGUUUUAGAAAAUUUGGCAGUACAUCCAACCGGCCUCACAACUGCAGACCACGUGUGUGGUGUCGUGUGGGCGAGAGGUUUGCUGAUGUCAACGAUGUGAACAGAACCUUUUUUUUAAGGUAUCGGUGACCAACAGAUGCAUAUCUGUAUUCCCAUUCAUGUGAAAACCAUAGAUUAGGGCCUAAUGAAUUUAUUUUGACUUACUGAUUUUCUUAGAUGAACUAACUCAGUAAAAUCUUUGAAAUUGUUGCAUUUAUAUUUUUGUUCACUACAGUAACAUUAUUACAAAGUAUGCAGUUUAAAUAAGUACUAGGCAAGCCAUAUUUCGGACACGGCCAUUGGGUUUGUCACCAGCAAGAUACUAGGCUCGGACUCGUUGAGUUAACGAGACGGGAUUUGGAAAGAUUGGCCACUUGAGACUGGGAAGACAAGUACAGCAACAGCAGACAUGAGUCACAUCAGAGACACAGACAGAGCACGGAUGGCUGGUGAAACGAACAACUCAUGACUUCCAUAGAAGCUAGUAGAUUCAAUAGAAUAGACACUUAAAACAGGUACAGUGAAACACGGUGGGUGGGUAUUUCCUAGCGGAGCCCCUCACAAUUGGGCUUGCUCCGGGGCUGGUGGCUGGCAUGCUAAUGACCCAUUGUGUAUCGUUCAGAGAGCAUCAACACAAUAUAAUAAGAAGGUAGGGUGGAUGUGGAUGCAGUGUUUGUGCUGAAGUGAGCAUGUGGACAGUGCAUAGCAGAUGUCAGGUUAUAUAAUUGUCAAGAGUGUGUGAUACGGUUUGGAGUGUCCUACUGAGGUUUUUAAAACAGAGCUCCAAUGAAGAUCCACCUUCCUCAUCUCACUAUUAUCAUAAACUGCGGAGGCCAACCCUGCCUUUCAGACAGGCCUCUGUCAGCGUGACCUUUGAACCCGGGCGGCCCCUUUGGUCCGUCUGUGCUCUGAACAAACACGGCAGCUUCUGGGGGGGGGGGGGGGGGCUAGGCUAGGCAAAACUUUUGUUCCCAUCUCUGACAGCAUCUAUUAGUGUUUAGGAGCCCCACUAUUUACAACACACACCACUGGACCUUAUGCACCAUCUGUCUGCUACCACUAAAGCGUACAGCACUGGCCUCUGGGUGAGUAGAGUAUGUUGUGGUGUGUGUAACUUACCUCUGUGUUGGAGUAAUAGGUGUUCCAGGAGGACCGGAGAGACUCCUGUCCCCCGAUGUCCCACAUGAGGAAGUGGGUGUUCUUCACCACUAUCUCCUCCACAUUACUCCCUAUGGUGGGCGAUGUGUGGACCACCUCAUUCAUCAGACUGAGGAGGAAGUUACAAAACGUUUCAAUCAUCUACCUCAGAGAGCAAGUCAUUAGUAUGGCCAGGAGUUUUCCUUAAACAUAGAAAAACUCUUGAGUUCUAGUUAAAGCUACAUGGAGACAGCAGACAAGGAAAUAAAACUGUAGUACUCACAAUUGGUACAGUAUAGUGGUCUUUCCAGCGUUGUCCAAACCGACAAUAAUCACCUUGUGUUCUGAAACAAAGAGAACACUGGUUACAGUUUCCCUUCCCAAUAUACAGUACCUUCUUGCCAUUCAUAAGGCACUGAACUUCCUUCCGCACUUUCAAAGAGUAGGGUGAAGUUGUCCCUAGACGCUGAUCUUGGGUCAGUUUCGCAUUUUCCCCACUAAUGGUUAAGAUUAGGGGAGGGGAAGCGGAUCCUAGAUCUGUACCUAGGGGAAACUUCACCCCGGAGCCACUUUCAAAGCUAAUUAGCCUACCUCUUCAAGCAAAUGAGCUCUUAGCUUUAGCUGGCCUAACACAAGCACAAGUAGCCCACCCCUGAAAUCACCAUACAGUGUCUUUAGCUUCUGUGUUACUUUAGGGCCUUUAACGCUCCACUAUCAUACAGAGGCAGCUGGCACACCAAAGCCUGAAUCAAAGUAUGCACGCCGACGGGCGACGAGGAAGAAGGUAGUAUUGUCAGAAGGCCGAUGAUUUUGACAGGCUUUGGCGCACAACAGAGGAUGUCGUCAGAUGUUCCACGGCUAUUAGUUCCUGAGAGGAUAGUUACCCUGUGGUGGAUGUGGGUCGGUCCGGCCAACAAAGCCCACAGAGGAGUGAGUUGAGACGUUACAUGCAAAGAACACUACCCGACAUUUCCAUAUCCACGAACACAUUCAUUGGACUUAUCUGAACUCUAUAUUUUCUAUUCAAACAAAAUGUUUUCAAUAUGACAAACACCAUGAUGGAAGUGGUCCAGAAUGCACAUUCCACAAACAUCUAGCCUAGUAGUAAUCUCAGUACCAUUAACUCAUCUGUUGGAGUGAGUGAAACUGGACAUGGUAGAGGUCUAAGAUAAAGGUCUUCACGGGUCCAACAGAGCCGAAAUUCCGAGAUCUGACCCAGGACAUGAGCGGGUCAGGGUCCUAAAUUCUGACUUGUCUCUCGGAUCUGAUAUAAUUGCCACAGGUCUGUGCAAUUAAAAUUGAUUUGUCAUCUGGACCAGUCCUCUUAAUUUAAUGUGUGGGAGAUGAGAACUGCGCGAGCUUUAUCUGUGUCAGCCAACAGCAACUCAAAAAUGUAUAGCUUUUGUCCUGCUGAAAGUGGUUCCGGCUGCUCACCUCACGUGCGCCUGCUGCUGAGAGAGAACGAAAGAAUAAGCCGCAUUGGCCUAGGCUCAAGUUGAUUGUGAAGAUGGAGGCCUAUUUCAUUCAAAUAAAACAAAAGUUAGAGGGGGGAAAAAAAACAAUGAAAAAGAAGCCGACAAGGGGAAAGUUUUAAUAUUCUAGUGGACAAAGAUGAGAAGAACGUUGGCACGGCCAAAUGGUCUGUGUGCAACUCGCUAUUCAGGUUUUAUUUAUUAUCAUUUGUUUUAUCAUUAUUUUUUGUAUAUUAUUAUUAUUAGCCUAUUUAAAAUAAACCAGUUCUUUAAAUAUGCAAACAUGUUGUUUCAUUUUGUUGAGACAUUUGUUGCCUAAAUUAAGUUCUGUCUUUUGAAGAAUUUUGUGCUCCAUAUUUAGGUUAAAAAAAGGCCUGUUGUAAAAUAAAUAGCAUUAGCCUAUUGCUGUCAUUUGUUGGGUAGGCCUACAGUAGGCACUCACCUUUGUUGGUAAUUACUGCAAUAUAGGCCUGUUCAAGGUUUAAACCAGUUCUUUAAAUAUGCAACACGUGUUUUGUUUCAUUCUGUUAAGUCAUUUUCUUUGGCCAAAUUAAGUGUAAUGUUGCGUUUGCUGCAAUAUAAUAGAAUUAUCGGUAGGCCUUGGGCUACUCCACUCAAACCAUGAAAAGGAAAAGAAAACUAAGAGGGCAAGAUGCAAAACUUAAUUUAAUGCUGCAAUAUAAUAACCUGUUCAUAUUUUCCCUAUAAACAAUGACUUGACUUACUUUUGAUAUUACCCUAAUAAAGUUAACUAAUCUGAGGUAUUACUUGAGGCUGGGAUUAGCAAUCCACUGGUUCUCUUGUCUCACUGAGAGAUUAGGCCAAUGGGAUCCACAAUUCCGCAGGAUUUCCUCAUGGCCCAACAUCGCAGGACAGAAGUAUGAGAGAGUUGCUCUACUAUAGAUGACCUCCAUUGUAAUACUUCUAACAGAUUUGGUACCAGGCUAGCAUGAGUGCCGGUCUGUUUGUGCUAUCAUCAUGCCAACUCCUUGUCAUGUUUGAUUUGACAAUGAGCAAUGGAGUUGGAAAGAGCACAAACAGAUAUGGGACCGGGUUAAAAGGCUCUGCCCAAUUCCAUUAUACUGAACUCUCUGUGACAUAAUUGACAUGUUCUUUACAAUGAGGGGGGUCUCUUUCUCUGGAUUGAAAAGACAGGAAAGGGCCAUUACCCACGCGGGGCCAGUAUGAGAAAGAAGAAAAAAAAAGUAUGCACUCACUAACUGUAAAUUGCUCUGGAUAAGAUGACUAAAAUGUAAAAAUGUAAUUACAACACUCCUUUGUUUUCCAUUUAGCCCUAUGAACACCACACCGACUGCCACAUCCUUCCAAAGUUGUCCCUUGUGUCCAUUCCUCAGUCAACAGAAACAGUUGCCUAAAUAGCAAGUCCGAAAUUGGACCACAGAGUGCAUACUAUUCCUCUCCAACAUGCGGCUAUUUGAGUGUUAACGUUACAUCUAACAGUAUCCUUAGCUGGCAUGCUGUAAACCUUAAUCAUGUCAGUACACAUUGCGUAACAUUACAUUAUUUUGCCCACCACGGUAACUCCCUAACAUUGAGUUACUAUAAAUAAAUAAAUAAAUAAAUAUAGUUAACUAACUAGACCACUACUAUUUGUUGUUUUGCAUGCAGCCACCGUCAAGGAAUAA